CCGAAGGUAUGAGGGUGUGAGGAAGGAUGCAGCUCCAGGAGAGAAUGGCGUUGAUGAUGAUGAUUCCUCGAGCUGUGAGCUCGGAGGUUCUGGAGGUGUUUGCUGCGGUGAUGGUGCUCAGAAUGUGAUUUGUUUUUGUGACAUAAUGCGCAAAAGCUGUAUGGAUGCUGUAGACUGCCCGAAGCCUGAGAGGAGUAAUUAUGGUAGUAAAGCCCGUAUAACAGGUUGUCUUUAGGUAUGUGUGGUUUGAUAGGAAAAUAUCAUGCAAGUACUACAUAUAAAAAGUUUUAAAAUGAGACCAUAUGGUUCUGAGUUGGCCCUACAACAGAUCCAAGUCCUUUGCAUACAUUUUAGCAGAAUGUUAUCUUUUUAAAUGGAGGCACAGCAUACUUUUGAGAAAUCAACAAACUUUAAGAACCAGAUUAACAGCCUGUAAGUGUUAUUAGUGUCUUGUUAGAAAUGUAAUACUAAGUGAUUAAGGUAAACUCCAGUGUGGAUAUAGACCAGGUAACAACACUCUUAAGAGUUUCUAGAGUAUAUAGGUGCAUCAUUCCCCUAACAAAAUCUAAUGAUCAGAAGAACAAAGGUAUGGGGUUCUGGAAGGUCAAAGACCAUGCCAAUGACAAAAUGAUCACAAAGUAAGUCCAUAUAAGGAAAUACACAUAUUGAACACUGCAAAGAAAGAUGAAGAGCAGACAGAGAAUGACAGUGAAACUGACUUUGGAGUAACAAAGACAAGAUGACAACAGCAAAGAGUUAUAUAUAGAAUCCAUGAGAUAUUACGUAACUACUAAGACACAAUUCAACAUAGAUAUCAAAAUAAAUAAAACGACAAACUCAUUUCAAAAGAUUAGCAGAUAAAAAGACAUCAGUGAAUCAGAUGGUAUCAAAGGUCACUUGUACACAUGCCUUUGAUCAAUCUUCUUUUGUAUGUCAUACUGUCCCAUCAGUGUCUAACACUGAGUCUAAAAGCAGGACUGUCUUUGUGUGGAUGGUACCGAUAUCAGCACCAUCACAUCACAACUAACAGUCAGCCUCUUUGGAAAGCCCUUUGAUGGCGGGAAAAGGAUGGACAAUGGUGGGCCGCAGCAGCAGCAGCAUAUGGAGCAGCAGCAGCCUUACCACCCACAGCAUCCUGCCAUGAUGCGGCUGUAUGAGGUCCAGAAGGAGGUGGCGUCGCUGGGUCCUCAGGUGUGCACCUUCAGCGGGCUGCAGAACGACCGGGACUACAAGCGUCUAGAGAGGGAGCUGACACGGCUGCUGCUGGAGGUCGAUCAGGUUGACACGGAGGGAAAGCCGGAGCUGCAGGGGGCUCGAAAGAGGGCGGCGCAGGAGGUGGAAGGUCUCCUGCGAUACCUGGAGGAGAACGCCACUCAUCCCUCCCGUUUGGCCAUUGAAGAUCUGAGCAACGAGGCGCGAGCGCUGGUGGACGAUCGUGUGGUGGCGCCUCAGCGAGCCGGCGGUGUGGCUGAGAUAAAUGACGAGCUGGUGGACGCCCUGCAGGGCCUGAUCCUGAAGCUCACCCAGGUGAAGACCGAGGGGAGGGUUCCACUCCGAAAAGCGCGCUACAGAGCGCUGACCAGACUGUGCGCCAUACAGGACGUGGUCGAAGGUCGCACGCAGCAGCAGACCCUGUCCCUGCCCCUGUCUGGAGAAACCCAUGAGGCCGUGCACCGGAUCAACCAGGUGAUGGUAAAGGUGAGCGUGGCCCGCAGCCAGCUGGUGGCGCUGCUAAUGGGCCUGAGCGGCAGAGACAGCUGUGCCCAUCUGUCACGUCUCCUGACGGAGAUGCAGGUGGAGCUGGACGCUCUGGAUGUUUCUGGAAACGCAGCCAUCAGAAAUUACCGGAAGCAGGUGGUGGAGGAGAUAAAUGGUCUGCUGAAACAUGUGGACCUGGAAGUGGAAGGAGACGACACCCGCAGAUAUGAUUUGGCUCAGAACAACUCCAUCCGUGAGAUCGAGGCUGUGCGCGCUCACGUGGUCCACCUCAGAGAGGGCAUCCUGCGACACUGUGCUGUGGGUGACCUCAGCUUCAGACCCAAAGCUGAACUCCAGAGUCUCCUCACUCACUUGGACCAGGUGGACACAGCAAAGAACCCCUGUAUUCGGGAGGCUCGUCGCCGUGCCGUGGUGGAAGUUCAAGCCGUCAUCACCUUCCUGGACCUCCGCGAGGCCCUGGCCAGACGCCAGCCUGGUCCCGCCGAGCACCCAGCCCACCGGGCCGUGUGGCUGGUUCUGGGCAGCCUGUCCGAUCUCCAGGCCCAGGUUCUGGGCUUCGACGGCAAGCGUGUUGACAAGAGCUACAUGAUGCUGGAGGAGCUGCUGACCAAACAGCUGCUGGCGCUGGACGCCGUGGACCCACACGGUGAUGAGAUGACCAAGGUGGCCAGGAAGCAGGCGGUGAAGUUUGCCCAGAACAUUCUCAACUACUUGGACAUGAAGACGGACGAGUGGGAGUACUGAGGAGCCGAGUGAAACGUCCUGUAAAUUACACUAAACUGUGUCAUUCCACAUGUGCUGUAAAUACAGAUUCAAGCUCCCAGAAUGCACUGCAGCAGCGCUUUUCCUCCAGUGAUUGUGGCUGAACCUGAGAAACAGAAACAUUUGUGAACAUUUUUUUUUUAUGUGAGGUUUUGAAAUAUAUUCAUUUUAAAUUCUCAGAUGUGUGUGACACAGAGAGAGAGUUUCCUGGUCGUUGUGAUUGUGUCUCCACUUCCUGCUUCCUGCAGUCACAUCCUCGGACUGAGCUUGAUGAUGAUGAUGAUGAUGAUGAUGGUGAUGGAUUGGUGAAGUCGUCAUGACUUCUCUGUGUGGUCAGCUGAACUCCAACAUCAGUUCUAAUGAAAACCAAAGUGGAAGUGUUGACAUGAGACACCAGAGGGUUUUCUCACACACGAUUCAAUCUUCAUCUGAAAGUUUAACAGUAAAGUCAGCGCUGAAGAAUCGGUUUACUGCUCGUCUGCUCCUCUGUCUGUCGUUUG